CUCGUCCCUUCCCUCUCCGAAUUCUUGGCACUCCGCGUAUCCCCACCAGUUUUUUCCGUAGCCCCUUUGGCUCAAGCCAUCUUUUGAUCGAACGGUCCGCCCCGGCUCAAGACAGGAGGAGGAGGAGGGGAGGAGGGAGGAGGACAGGGCCCCCCCCCGUCCUGCGGCCCCAUGGGCGUGGCGGGCCCGCCCGGCGGCCCCGCUUUGGCGGCGAGGGCGCUCCAGGCGAGCUGCUGGCACGAGGGCUUCCACUACGAUUUCUGCUGCCCUGGCAGGGACCCCGCCUGCUUUGAUGCCGAGUUCACCUACGAGCGCUGCUGCGGCCCAGGGCGGCCACCGCGGCUGAACUUGUCGGAGGUGCCGGUGCUCGACCUGCCGUCGCCGCAGCUGCUCCGCCGCGGGGAGCUGCGGGGGGCCACGGUGGACCUGGUGGUGCGGACGUACUGGAAGGCCGCCGAGAUGGUGCAGCUACUGCUGCGCAGCGUCGAGUUCUACUGGCCGCUGGACUCUGGCAGGGUGCUCGUCAUCCUGGACGACUCGCCCAAGGACGCCGCCACGUGCGAGCUGCUGCCCUCGUGGGCCACGUGCAUACUGGAUCCGCGGCCGGAAGUGUACGGAGCCUUCUCGAACUUCACGAGGGCGCUGACCACGAGCCUGCCUGGCAUGUUGCGCAAGGAGAUGGCGCUGCUGGAGGCUGAUACCUACAGCAGCGCUGACUACAUCGCCGUGCUGGAUGCUGAUGUUGUUUUCGUGGCGUGUGGAGGUCCGGAGAUUUUGUUCGCUCGUGAGCCGCAGGGGGUGGUGCCCAUGCAGUACGGCAGAGCCAGCGGUGGGCCUUUCAGGAGCGUCGUGAAGGUGAUGGGCUUGCGGUGGGUUGCCGAGUUCAUGGACUCCUUCCCGCAGGUCUUCCACAGGAGGCACUUCGAGGCGUGCAGGCACUUCCUGAUAGACCGAUUCGCUCCUGGCGGCGCCCGCGACCGGGCGGCCUUCCACGCGGCCUUCCUGCGCUUGCAGCGCGAGGUCGGCGAGGUGAGUGGCGGCGCCGAGUUCCCGAGCUUCCACACCGUUCUCGGGGCCUACACGUACGAGUUCCACCAGCCGGAGUACGCCUGGGCGAUCCAGUACGGCUGGCUCACCGGCGUGCCCUGGCGGCACACCUGCCCGGGCUUGCGGAUCGUGUCGCACGUGAGCUACUCCAGCCGGACGUACGUGCCGCACCCCGUGCACGAGCUGGUGGAGGUCGAGAACCCGGCGACGGAGCGAUGGCAGAUGCGCCUCGGGCCCAAGGGCCACUGGCGCCUGUCGGACGGCGCCGACGGCACCGGCAGCGCAGGCGACCUGGGCAGCGUGAGGUACACCGCGAUCGCCCUGGACCUGAUGCUGAGCGGCGUCUGCGCCGUGGCCUGGCGCGGGGCCGGCGGCGGCGAGGCCCUGAAGGCGGAGGCGUGCGGCGGGGCCCCCAACAUGUCCCGGCUGGUGCUCAUGAACGGGUACAUGCGCACGUGGUGGGGGCACCACUCCCCGCACUGCGCCGGGCGGCGCCCCGAGCUCCUCCUCCAGGAGUACGGCGCCCUGCUCGCGGCCAGGUCCUUCGUGCUGUAGCCGCAUGGGGUCUGCGCCCCGCGAGCGCGCGCGGGGGCGGAAAACGAAUGCCGGGAGGCUCUAAUCAACGGAGUGGGCCGGCCUGGGCCAGGUCUGAAACCAAGAUUGAACAUUUUCACUGAUUUCGUCGCUGCCCUGAG